CAGAGCGGAGGGAGGAGAGAGAGACAGAGAGAGGGGUCUGCGUGCGAGCGUGGUCGGUGCCGGUGCGUGGCGUGGUGGCGGUGCCGUGCCGUCCGUCCCCUCUCCCUCUCUUCCUUUCGGUGCCGGCGGACUUGUCGGGGGGAGGAAUGGCCGCGGCGAGGACUCCGCUCGGGGCGGUUGCGGUGGCCGCGCUCGUCGUCGCCAUCUUCAUGCCGGCCGCGGCGGCGCAAGGCCCGGCGCCGGCUCCCACCAGCGACGGCACAUCAAUCGACCUGGGAAUCGCGUAUGUCUUGAUGCUGGUGGCCCUGGUGCUCACCUACCUGAUCCACCCGCUGGACGCCUCCUCUCCCUACAAGCUCUUCUAAUCCCUGUUCGUUUCGUUUGUUCGUCGAUGAUGUUAUGGGUCUGAUAGGAUUUUUAGCCAUGCAAGACGUCUAGGUGAGGUUUGGAGAUUUAGAAUGAGCGUCAACAUCUGAUCUGAUCUUGCUAUGUAUGGUAAGUUUUUGGUGGUCUGAAUGCCUGAUUGGAUUGUAUCGGAUUCCAUGAUCUUGUGCUCAGUUGUGCUUGCUGUUGGCCGUUGCUGGAUUCUAUUUCCGCUGGUCCCGCCCCGGGUGCGCAUUGACAUGUGCUCUGCCAUGGAUGCCGUUGCAAGUUGCAACACCAAACAUGUGAAGGACUGGGUCAUGGCUGUGCCUGUCACUGCUGACACGACGGUGGUUUCAUUGUGGUCCUA